ACAAUGUUGACCAAGAAGAGGCGAAAUCACUAUUCGAAACGAACUACAGUCACGUUUAUUUUAUACUUUACGAUACCUUCAUUCAGGCGGAGGCAAACUUAAAGCAAAAAGUCUGCAUUACAGACAAUGUUGACCAAGAAGAGGCGAAAUCACUAUUCGAAACGAACUACAGUCACGUUUAUUUUAUACUUUACGAUACCUUCAUUCAGGCGGAGGCAAACUUAAAGCAAAAAGAACUUCCGUUUCACAUUGUACAUAAAGCACAUCGCGAGGAAUUGGAUGGCUCAUUAUGGCUACUGGAGAAAAUACUCUGUUGGCUGCCCGAGCUGUUGGCGCGUCGUUGGCAAUGCCAUUCGAUCAGUCGUAUUAUGGCCAAGUUAUUGCAUUUGGGGAAUUCGCCAAAGUUGCGGCGCGAAGGCGUACGGUAUUUUCUAUUGUGGUACCAGGCGCUGGGUGAAAAUGCUCCAUCUUAUGUACAUUCCAUGUACGCAGACCUAAUACCGGGCCUGAUUGUGCCGCAGAAGGGCAUUAUCGGCCCGGAUCUCGAGUUCAGUGCGACUGAUUUUCUCAGUCAUCCGAAUAUGAAAGUUGAGGGUGGCACCACUUCGGUAUUCCAUGAUACCUCCCAUCCAGUGCAGAAUUCGGAUAUUGUAGCCUUAUUGCCACCCUCAUCGAAUGAAAAGUCAGCUCCACCCGAUCCACGUGAUGGCCUGGAGAUUCUACUAAAUAGCAUGUUGCAGACGGUUGCUUGUCUGCGCUGGCGCGACAAUCGUUCGCAAAAGGAGCACAAAGCAUUUGCAUUUUUACUGCAACGUUUCAAGGAUGUAUUUCUAUCAAUCUUCUGUCCCAAUUUUGAUUUCAGCAUGUCCGUGUAUGAGCCGCACCUUGAAUUGCCCACAAUGCGUUCGGUUAACAAAAAGGAGGAGGUGAUGUCAUCAUGCGUGGUAGUCCUGAUUAAUUGGAUUUCACAUUUCACGCACGAGCGCACAAUGAAUCAUCGCCUCGACAAUAUGCACAUCAACGAAGGACAUCGCUUGCGCGCCUACCAACAGAGUUUAAUUGUGCGCGAUGUGUUGUACUCAACGCGUGAAAAUAUAAACUUUGUGCACGAGGUUUAUCGCCAAGCGUUUUUGCUGAAUUUUACAACGAAAUUGCAAAUUGAUGCUAUACGUACUGCAAUAGCGGUGUAUCGCGACUGGAUGACUGGCAGUACGCCACCACAAUUUCUGCUUGAACCGGACGACAAUGGCACCGGUAAUGCGCUGCUGCCAAAUAACAGCUCAGCCGGCAGCACACCGCGCAGCCAACGCUUGCGCACGCCUUCCUACGUUGGUGCAAUGAGCAAGGAGAAUGUAGCAGUGCGCGCUGGCUUGCAAAACGUUCUUCAAAUAUUUGUCACAAAUGCCGCGAACGUGUUCCUUGUCAACACCAGUCAUCUAAAUAUUUACUUUCCCACAAAGUCACGCGAUUACCGCUCAACGCCGCUACACGAGCAGACAGAGGUGUGCAAGAAGGUACUGAAUGUCUACCGCACAAUGGUGAUGAAUACGCGCAUGGAACCGAAAACUUGGGAGCAGCUGUUGCUGGUCUUGCUGCAGGUAACUUCGAUUGUGCUACAUCAGAAUCCUUCGGGAUCGAAAAGUUCUAGCUUGGGCGGCAUUCUUGGCCAGGCUAUUUUUCAGACGCUUAUCGUUACAUGGAUACGCGCGCAUACCAAUGUGCCCGUCAAUGUGCAGCUAUGGGAGAAAUUCCUCGCAGUGCUCGCUUCGCUUACAUAUCGUGACGAGCUGAUCAUCGAGUGGGAUAAAACAAUACAAACGCUGACACGCGUCUUCUCGCGUUACGUGUAUGCAUUGAAUUUGCAGGAUCUGCCGUUGGAUCGGCUGGCUGAAAGCAAAGGCAAACGCCGUCGUUUUGGCAGCGUUUGGCAGCAAUCAAGUGGCUCUGCCGUGAAUACCAUGAAAGAGAACCGUGAUCGCGAUAUGGGGAUCGAGCGUGAGCGCGAAUCGAAUAGCAGUCGCUCGGAUGAGCAAUCGAACAUGGGCGGCGGUGGCCGAAUUCACACCCAUCAGCAUUCCUUGAGCAGUGGUGGCCAUGGCAUGCACUCGCACGGCGGCGCAACAUUACGCACUGGGCAGGCUGCCGCUGUGCUUACGCCGUUGUUGAGUCGCAGCUACAGUGAGGGCAGCUUGGCUUCUGUUGCGCGUAACUCGCGCAUGCGCAGCCGACGUCAACGUAAUACGCAGCAGAUCGUAGGAGGUGCCCCACCAGCACUACCAACAAAUGUUGAGCAUUCUCUGAGCGCAAUGCUCUCCCAACAGUCGACGAUUGAAUUAUCGUUCAGCUCUGAGACGUUGAAUGCGCGUCGCUUUGGCGACGGCACACUUGGGCAUACAACACAGCAACACAACGACAUGCGACGCGCAAUGUCGCUGGAUUCGGUAGCGAAUUUCGGUGGGCGCCAACGUGGUCGAAAGCGCCGCCAACGUAGCUCUACACAAGGCGACGACGAUGAAGAUGUACUCGAUGGCGAAGAUAACGAAAGCGGCGCCGAUUCGCGCAGCCCAUCGCCAACGGCAAGCAGUGGCAUUGAGGGCAGCUCCAUUAAAGACGCCCAAAUGCAAAUCGAUGUGCUGGCAGUGGAUAGUGGCAGCUUGGAAGAGGGCAGCUCAGGCAGUUUUCUGGGCUCGGAGCGACGUUCGAUUAUACUAGGCGGUACGGCAACUGGCUGGUUGCCCGAUUCAACAGCAAUAAUGUGGAAACGCAUGCUGGGCGCGCUUGGCGAUGUGAAUCGUAUACCGAAAGCUGAACUGCACGCACAAGUUUUCAAGCACUUACUCGAUAUGACGACGAAUUUGAUAAAGAUCAAACAGAAUCAGGGCAUUUCCACGGACAAUCAAAGCACACCGCCACCUCCUACACUUGUGCCGCCCAUCGGCAUAGUGGCGCCAUGGUGCUAUGGCGCGCUAGAGUUGGACAAGUCAUUCAAGAAAGGCAAACUCUUGGCGCUACAGCUACUUUGCUCGCUAUCGGUGCAUGGCGCUGUUUCGGGCAUGCACCACUUACCCAUUUUCUAUCACGCAAUACACAAAUUGCUAACUGGUGAGGACCGCGAUUUGAUUUACGCGAUACUUAAACAUCUGGAGGGACCGCGUUUCUUGAGUCUUCUGCUACCCGGUCACACACUGCUACUACUGGACAUCGUGCACGCUUCUGCGAUACUACUCACCUCGCUUGAGGCGAAUCGCACCACACCGCGCGCCGAGGUAGCCGCAUUGCUCGGCUCGCUCCUCUGCUACCCAUCAACACUCAUACCGCGCCCAGUACUGCAACCGUCGCCACAGAUAUUCGAGCUGAUGGAGUGUCCUGAUCUGCAAGAUCACAUUCUCAAUAUUGUGUUACGUUGUGCGCGGCGCGAACCCUCCGCCAAGGCACGUUGUAUAGCCCUCUCACAGCUCGGCCAGUGGAUUCUGCUGAAACUAUCGCAACCAUUGCAAUCGAGUAGCCGUUCGCGUGGCUAUUUCCAGCAAGCAAUUCCGCAUCCGCCUGGCGUGCAUCCGCGCGAAUCGCCACAUUUCAAUCCGCGCAUACGGGAAGCACUGCAGGUGUUGCUGCAGGCUUUGCAAUUCAAACAUCGCACCAUUGCAAUUGUGGCAGUUGACGCCCUGAAAUUAUGCGCUGAGCGCGGCCGCGAGCUAGCGGCUAUUGAGCGGAUGCCGCAGCUAAUUAUCACGGCGAUAUGUAAAGCUCUGGAAAUACAAAAUGUAACGAACCCAAAGGACUCUGACAAGGUUGUGCUUACCUCGCUAAUGCUGUGUCUCGGCGAAUAUUGCAUGUCGUUCCCAGCGUCGCUAAUGCUAGCGCCGCUAAACGAUCGUGGCGACACGUUGGUGCUGUUGGUGUUGCGUGUUUUAAUGCAAAUUGCUUCGGGUGCGCCACGGCAUGAACGCGUAAAGCUGACCGCUGACGAUGACUUCGAUACGCACAUCUCCAGCGACGAUCUGCAGUUGGAUGGCAAACUUCCUGAGGCGAACUACCAGACUUCGGAGACGAUACAGGCGUGCAUUAGCGCGAUCAAGAUGUGCGCAAAGGCUAUCGCAAUGCAUUUGGUAACACACUUGGGGCAUUUUCCGAUGGGCAUCGGCGCCUCAAGAUUGAGCUCAAUGGUAGAAGAGCAGGACGAUGUAGCAACGAAUGCAAGCGGUCAAGGUGGUGGCGGCAGUGUUGGCGAAGCGCGCCGGGACUCAGUUGAGCUACCUUCGGUAUUGAAUGCACAGAAUCUGCAGCUAUUUAUGCUAAGCUCCGGCUUGGUGGCCAGUUUUAUUGAGCUGCCCGCGCUGAAGUUACCCGGUGGUGGCGCGACUGCCGGACUGAUAACGGCGGAGAAACAAGUGCGUGUGUUGUUGCGCGAUUUGAACGGGAAAGCGUGUUGGGAUGCGUCGAUAUUAUACAGCGAACCGCGUAAGAGCAUAAAAAACCUCACAAGCGACAGUGCCUCUUCAGUACUAAUUGGCGGUGCUAUGGCAAGUGGAGAGCGCGCCGCUGAUAGUAUGCAACGCAGUUUCAAUACAACGCCACAACAUCGAAACAUGUCACAGCCGAUGGAUUCGCUGAUAUCCUCAAUGAUUGGGAUAGAUGUUUUGGCGCCGCGGCACACCUUGCGACACCGACCUGCAGGCGAGCUGCCCCUAGCUAAGGAUCUGGCACCUGAUCUCGACCAGCUUGACGAUCUACUGGCCUACAUAGGCCACACCAGUCCUGAAUGCUUGACGAAUCCACUGGCGCAACUCAACACGCCCGGCCCCAGUCCGCUGGGCACCAGCCUGGAGGCGCAAACCAUUUCCAUUAUACUCAAUCAACGUGCACUCGAGAAGGAAUACAUCUCAAAUUUAAAUCAACAAACACUACAAAGCGGCUUGAACAACGCCUCGCUGUUGCAUCACGAUCAACGUUCCAUUCAUUCAGCCGAACAUGCUUCACAUGCCUCUUUCGAGUCGUACAACACAACUAGCCUCACAGGCCGCACUGAAAUUCCGUUCCAGUAUUGUCGGUUGCUAUUCUCCCACCUCGGUAUGGCGGGCUGGGAAAGACGUUCACGCACGCACUUGCUGCAACGCACCGAAAAACUACUCCGCGAACUGCGAAAUGUGGAUCAACAACGCUGUCGCGAGACACACAAAAUGGCAGUAAUCUAUGUGGCUUCCGGUCAGGAGGACAAAAGUAGCAUACUGAACAAUGCGAGCGGCAGCAGCACUUAUGAAAUGUUCGUCUCUGCGCUUGGCUGGGAAAUCGAUUUGGAAACGCACAACGGUUUUCUGGGUGGUUUACCGCGUCAGGGUUGUGGCGCCACUGCGCCCUACUAUGCCACACCCUUCUUGGAGGUGAUCUAUCAUGUGGCUACGCGAAUGCCUUCCGAUUCCCCCGAAAAUCUAUUGCUGAAGACACGACAUCUCGGCAACGAUGAAGUGCACAUUGUAUGGAGCGAACAUUAUCGUGAUUAUCGACGCGAUAUUUUGCCGACAGAGUUUUGUGAUGUGCUAAUUGUAGUCUAUCCGCUGAAGAAUGGACUCUUCCGAGUGACUGUGAAUCGCAAGCCGGAGGUGCCGUGGUUUGGACCUCUGGCCAAUGAAAGUGUAGUAACCGGUGCAUGUUUGGCCACGCUAAUACGUGCCACUGCUAUUAAUGCGAGUCGCGCCAAACGCGCAGCUAUGCCGCUCUUCCAGCAAUAUUAUGAGGAGCGCAAUCGCUCUUUGGAAAGUGUUUCAUCGCGCUACAAGGAGAGCACCACAUUUGAGGACUUUGCAAAUCGCAUCUACAACCCAAUGCCUGUGUCCACAUAUGCCACAUUGCGAGAUACUGGCGCAGUGGCGCCUCUAGCAGCUGCUUUAAUCGAUCACCAUCGCUCGUCUAUUAAGGGUUGGGUUCAGGCUUCCAUUGAUUCCAACACAAAAGAGUUAAUGCACACCGGGCUGGCGCCCUCUGCUUCAGCAUCUACUACGGCCGCAAUGGAGGCAGCAACGAAUAGCUCAUCAUCACCGCGCGGUGUACGCAAAUUGGGUGCGCCUUUCAAAAGUGUGAACGUGCCAAAGAAGAGCGCUUUGCAAAUGAACAGCACACCACCAGAGAGUCCUACAUUGCCGCUGCGACGUUUCAAAUAAUGCGUAGUUUUCGCUAGUAUGUGCUUUGCUUGAGGCAAGCGCUUGUUGUGCGUUGAAUUUCGUAGGUUUGUUUUUGUGAAUGACUUUUGUUUGAAUAUGCAUAACUUUUGCAUUCCCCGGUGGUUUGUAGUUGAAGAAAAGAGUAUACACAUACGUAUGUACGCGUAUGCAUAUAGCGAAACGAUGUUGGAAAUUAUGUCACAAAUUAAGCGAACUAUUUUUUAUUUAUGGUAUAAAUGUAUUUUACCGCUUUGUUCGAAUGUGACGCAUUUGUCUGCAUUUCACAUAUGUACACUUCAUUGUUGAAAUUUUAGUUCCAUAAACUAAAGUAAAAACACACACUAAAAAGUAUUUUUAUUGCAACUUAAAUAUGUUCUCUCUGUUAUAUUCUAUUAAUUAUUUUAUUAUUAUUAUUAUUAUUAUUAUUAUUACAUAUUAUCACUAAAACAAUGUUUAUCAAUUAUUUUUUAAGUUACAACAACUUUUACUAACCUUAGACUUGUAUGUAUAGAUUGUAUUCGUGUAAUACAUUUAUUAUGUUUUAAGGCAAUAUUAUUAAAUAUAUUUAAGCGGAUAAUGAAAUUUACUUCUUAAUUUGUUAAGUCGUAAUAUGCAGUUAUUGUUUUUUUUUUGUAAUUAUUACUAUGAAAUUAUUAUGAAAAUGUGCAUUUUUAAAUUCCUAUGUCAAAAUGUCGCAACAUGUGUAUGCAAUGUAAAAUGUGCAGCUCAUUUGCAGAUAUUUUCCUUUUCUAAUUUAAAAGUCUUAAAAUUUGUGCUGUGCAGAAAGGCGUUCUCUGCAAAAUGUGUUCAGCCCCUCUUCUUCGGCAACACAGAAAAGAAAUUCUACUUAGUGAGUUCAACUUUUUCAAUUAUUUGAAGUGAUGAAAGCAAAAGUUGGCCAGUUCUAUAAUUGAAUCUUACGCAGGGAAACAAAACACUGAGAAAUUGCAUUUAGUGAAUUUAUGUGAACCAGAAAAUUUCGUUGUUACCUUCAAAUGCGUGAGGCGGGAAAAUUUGCUUGCAAAAACGAAGCAGUAUUUGGACUUUAUGUUUUUUUUAUUGUUUGUUUAUUGUUACAUAUAUAUAAUAUAUUUUUUUUUUUAUAAAAUUUUCCCUUUUUACCUUUUGCUAAUUUCUUUAUUAUUAUUUUUUGGCUAAUGUUUAAUGUCGCACAAUAUCUAUGAUUUUGAGCUUCGCGUUAUAAAAGCGUUGCCAUUACAAAAAUUUCCAGUUUUCUGCUUUAUAUGUAGCUUUUGCGAAACUAAAACACUAAAUGUAAUAUGUUGCGACUGUCUUUUAUCGUUUACAAAUUCGCUAAGAAAAAUGAGCAAUUUUUAGUUAAAAAAAAAAAAAAUUAUUUAUUAAUAUUUUAAUUUAUUUUUACUAUUGGAAUGAUUUAGAACACUUGAAUGGUUGCAUAAAACAUCGUUUGGCACAUCGGCUUUUAAUUUUUACUCUUUUUGGUUUUUAAAAUAUCAAUCAAAAAAAGUUAAAUAUGAAAAAGUAUAUGUUCAUAA